CUCGGUCCUUCAAAGUAAUAACUGAAAAUUGCAUUGGCGACCAUUAGUCUUCUAACGGCUUUGAUAUAUCAUUAAAUAUAAAAUUCUGCAAAGAUUUCUUAUUAUAACGAACUCUCCAUUGGUUGAGAUAGUAAUUAUAACACGACAGUUUCACACGGCACUUCAGUGUUCGUGAUUCAGCAGAAAUAAAAGUGUUUCUCAUCAUCAACGGUUAAGCGUUAAGUUUCAAGGAAGCCGGUCGGUCAUUCUAGUGUCUUCUAUCGUUCAAAACGGUAGCAUAGGAACUUCAUCAUGACUGUCAAGGCAGUUUGCGUUCUCCAAGGAGAAGCCGUCAAAGGCACCCUUUUCUUUGAGCAAGCGGCGGAAUCUCAGCCUGUCAAGGUCACAGGAGAAGUAUCUGGCCUGAAGAAAGGUCUUCAUGGUUUCCACGUUCAUGAGUUUGGUGACAACACCAAUGGUUGUACAAGUGCUGGAGCUCAUUUCAAUCCUUCGGGUAAGGAACAUGGUGCACCAGAUGCUGCAGUUCGUCAUGUUGGUGAUUUGGGAAACAUCGAGGCUGGAGAAAAUGGUGUGGCUAAAGUUAAUAUCACAGAUAAAGUAAUCCAACUACAAGGAUCCAAUAAUAUCAUUGGUAGAACUAUUGUGGUUCAUGCUGAUCCUGAUGACUUGGGUUUGGGAGGUCACGAGCUGUCCAAGACUACAGGAAAUGCAGGUGCUCGGUUGGCCUGUGGUGUCAUUGGUAUCACAAAGUCAUGAAUUCAAAGCAAAAUAUAAAUUCAAAAGAUAAGAACGAAUCUACUACCACUGUCAUCGUUCUUGCUUUUGCAUAAUAUUGAUAGAACUAAGGAACAUCAUUUAUCAUUCCUUAUAUUAUAUACCAUGAAUACUUGGAUGUAAUGUUAUACAAUGAAUCUACUUCUUCUUUUCAAAGAGAUGUAAACAAAUAUGUAUUAAUUUCUAAGUUGUUGCAAGUAAUAUUCUUGAAGCAUAUAAUAAAAAUGGUUGCUGUAUACAUGAGU